AUGGAAUCUAUAGUUAAAGAUUGUACAUCAAAUAAUAAUAAUAAUAAUAGUAGUGUUUGUAGAAUAUGCAAUCAAAAGAUAACAUCAUCUGAUGAUGGUGGUGCACUGAUCAAUCAUUAUUUAGAAUGUAUCGAUUCAUUGAAAUCUGUAUUGUUAAAUAUCAAAAGUAGUAAUCAAAAACAUGAUGAUGAUCAACAAGAUAGUACAACAAGAAAGAGAAAGAAGAUUGAAAAUGUAUCUCCAACUACAACAACUAUAUCAUCAACAAAUCAUUAUUUUAAAGAUACAUUAUUUAGAGUAUCGAUGAUAUCAAUAUUACAUCGUGAAGAUCAUAAUCAAAGUGUAAUGAGUUUGUUAAUGACUUGUAAAGAUGCUAUGAAAUGGAAGGAUACUGUUGUAUUCCCAAGAUUACCUUCUAUUGAUACGAUAGCAUAUUAUAAAAAGAAUAGAAAAAUCAAUCAACUACCUCGACGAUACAAUCGAGUUUAUAUAGAUAAUGAUAGAGAUAGAGAUUAUUUUCAAGAGAAUGUAGAUGGUUUAAUCAAUCAUCAUUGUAGAGAACUCUAUUAUAAUGUCGAUGAAGAAUUACCAGCUGGGUUUAUACCAGAUCACUUUACAAAGAUCUAUUUUGGUGAAGACUAUCAGAAUCAACUCGAGGUUGGAUCAAUACCGCCAUUUACAACUCACCUCUAUCUUGGAGAUUCGUACCAACAAGAUAUACAUAAACAACUGUUUCCAGAUACAUUGGAAGUACUCAAUAUUCCAACCAACGUGACGAUAGAGUCGGGAGACAUCAACGAUCUCUUACCACACAAUAUAAAGGAACUUCACAUCCCAUCAGACUUGGUGCAUCCCUACCUCUUUAAACUCAAGCAGCUCACAUGCCUCAUUAUCGCUGAUAUUGAGUCUGAAGAUGGGGAGAAUGACGGGUCAGAGGGUUUUGUGCCGACCAUCAAGGUUGGCAGUUUGCCAAACACAAUCGUUCACUUGGAUCUUGAAAGUUGUUCGGUCGAGGUGGGUGCCAUCCCUUCAAGUGUCAAAUACCUUUCGAUCAACCUCACCAAUAAUGAUCCAACAUGCAUCCCAUCAUCGGUUAAAUCGUUGUAUGCAAAGUGGGAUGAGUCGACACCCAUCACAAAGGGAAUGAUACCAUCUACCGUCACUGAACUCGUCUUGGAUGAACAAUACUCUCUUUUACCAGGCAGUAUUCCAUCAUCGGUCACCACACUCACCUUGAUGGCUCUCGAUGAAACUCCACCAAAGGGUGCCAUCCCAAACAAAGUCCAUUCUCUAUUUUUAUUUGGCAUGAUGUGCGAAUUAAAUGCCAGUAUACUUCCAAACAGCAUAAAGUAUCUUGGUAUCCAUGGUGAUUGCAGUCUCAAGUUAAUAUCAAUGAUCCCACCCUCAACCAAAUAUUUUGAUUAUCAAUCAACCAAUUUAAUAGGUGCUGAUGUUAAAUUUAGUGCCAAUGAUAUUCCAAAUGGUGUUACCCAUAUUAGAUUAGGAGUUGGAUUUAAUAAAGUAGUGGUUCCAGGAUUUAUACCAGACAGUUGUGAAUAUUUGGAAUUUUCAGAGACAUAUGAUCAUCGGGUUCCUCAUUGGGCACUACCAAAAAGUUUAAAAACCAUCUCUUACAAUCCAGCAUGUCGCAAGAUUAGUGAAAAUAUUCCAUCCUCUCUCAAUCAAUCAUUUACAAAUAUUGGUCAUGAAGGAACACAUUGGGAGACUACUCCAAUGGAUUAUUGGAAAGGAAUGACUUGGCAUUUAAACGAAUAA